CUUAGUUAUUUCUCUUCAAUAUAACAGUUUACAUUGAAUUUAUGAUAAAGUGUCCUUUGAAAUCAUUAAUUUUUGCCGGUUCCGUUGAGUUGCAUCAUUUUUCUUGCCGAACUAUCACUUUUUUUUUCCUCCAACACUCAGCACAAAUAAAAUUUUAUCAGUUUUAAGUUAUACAAAUAAAUGCCAUGUCAGAACAAAAAAAAAAAUAUUAUAAUAUAUAAUUUUUGUUAUAAAAUAUGAAUAAUACGAUUACCAUUUAUUUUAAAAUUCUCUCGAACAAAAUUAAAAAGCCGAAACUUUAUCAUCUUUUGACAUCAUUUUUGAUACAUUGAAAACAAUAGUACGGAAUAAGGAAAUAAUUAUAAAAAUUACGGACAUAUUUUUGAAGUUUGUACGCACAUAAUUUCUAUCCGAAUUCCAAGUUCCAUUCCAUUCCAUUCAGAUUAGAUUAGAUGUUUGUUUACAUGAAGACAAUUUAUGUGCGUUCCUCGCAUCACCUGCAGAGAUAUCUUUGAUUAUGUUGUGUCAGAAAGCACAUCAAGUGGAUUUAAGAACAAUGGAGAUCAAUACUAUUUGCAGUUACAGAAUUACAAAAAAAGGGGGGAAAGAAAUGUCUUGGAUUCAUGAAAGCAAACGAACAUGGCUGGAAAAAUUCUGCAUCAAUGUCUUAAAAAGUGGUCCAAUUCCAAAACAUGUUGCUUUGAUUAUGGAUGGUAAUAGGAGAUAUGCUGUUCGAAAGGGAAUGGAAAAACUACAAGGCCAUGCAUUUGGUUUUAAUAAAUUAUCAGAAACUUUAGAAUGGUGUCUAGAUUUAGGAAUCACUGAAGUUACAGUUUAUACAUUUAGUAUUGAAAACUUCAAAAGACCUAAAGAAGAAGUUAAUUGCUUAAUGAACUUGGCAAGAGAAAAAUUCAGAGAACUUCUUAAAGAAAAAGAAAAACUUGAAAAGUAUGGAGUAUGCAUUCGAAUAUUUGGUAAUAUUAAACUUCUACCAGUAGAUAUCCAAAUGCUUGUUGCUGAAGCUGUCUUGCAUACUUACAAUAACACAAAAACUUAUUUGAAUGUGUGCUUGGCAUACACUUCCCGUGAAGAAAUAACUAAUGCUGUUAAAGAUGUUGCCUUAGAAGUUGUCAGUGGAAAUUUAAAGGAAUGUGAUAUCUCUGAAAAAAUUUUGGAUCAGAGUCUAUACUCCCGAAAAAGUACUAAUCCUGACAUUAUUGUAAGGACUUCUGGAGAGAUUCGAUUGAGUGACUUUCUAUUAUGGCAAAGCAGCUACUCGGUUUUAUCCUUUUUAAAAGUACUUUGGCCUGAUUUUACAAUUUGGCAUCUCUUCUUAGCUGUGCUGUUUUAUCAACACAACUAUGAAAAAUUGAAAGAAAUCAACAAUAAGCACAGUUGCAAAAUUCAACAUGAAGAAGAGCAACUAGACAUACAAGCUGCUGUUCAACAAUAUGAAAGUAAAAAGACUGUUGAAGAUAAUACCAAUUUUGAAUCAGAGAUCCUGAGGAUCAGAAAUGAAAUGAAUGAAAGACGAAAUAAAUUUUUAGAUAAGCUUGAUAAGGAUCGCUAUGAAGAACUCCUGCAGAUUAAAGAAGGCAAUACUAUUCAGUUGGAUCCUCCUUUUGCAUAAAAAGGGAAUAAAUCACUAUUUAGCCAUUUGAUCUAAAUAAUAUUAAUUUGUAAUAAAUUUGGAUAGGGAGGGUUUUUAUAUAUUCAGUAACUGUAUAUUUAACCAUGAUUAUUAUAAUUUUCCAAAAAAUUAAUGCACUAACGUUUAUUAACAUUUUAUUUACACUUACUCUUUGUUUACUAAUAAUGCAAAGUAUAUCCUGAUGAAAAGGAAAUUAUCCUGAAUCUUGUUAAUUAACUCUUACUCUUUGUUUAUUAAUAAAGCAAAGUAUAUCCUGGCGAAAGGAAUUGCUUAUAAAUUUGCAAAUGUCUGUAAUGUCUCUGCAAUAACUCCAUGUUUGAACAUUUUUUUUUUACUAUUAUUUUAUACUGAUUGCAAAGCUGAAAAUACCAUUUGAAAAUAUUUUAAUAAUAAAAGAAGUUGCCAAUAUAAAAUAUAUAAUGAAUUUUGUAUUAACAAAAUGAAAUCUGUGAUAUAAAUUUUAGUUGUUGAUGAAUGUUGUGAUAUAAUGUGAAAAAGAUAGCAUUAAAAAAUUGCUCUUGACAUAUUUAAUUUGAGAAAUCAAUGAUUGAAAGUAAUGAUAUUUUAUCAUUGAAUAUUGUUCUAUAUUAAGUGUAAUCAAAUUUAAUAAUGUAAUAAUCAGAACUACAUAAAAUCAAAAUUAUGUUAUUGGAUAAUGUUUCUUGUCAUGCAUUCCAAAGGCUGUAUAAUAUAUGUAUAUUUAUUUCUAUAAUUAAAACAUAUUUCUAAUUUUUA